AAGGAUCAUGUGGGGCAUGCGACACAGACUUCUAGUUUUCAUGCCUUUGUACUGUUACAAAUUAAUGUUCAGCGUUACUUUAUAUUCUUUAACUUGACUACGCGUUCGUUCGAUUUUCUCAUACAAAUUGUACAAUUGUCAAAGCGUGAAAACGAAAUAAUUCGUAAGCUACACACGUGACAUCUCGAGUUGUCGCGCCAAUUGUCUCAAAUGGGUAACAAAAAUGCUCCGAGAACGUUUCAAUUAUAUCGGCCUCGAGGUUAGAAAAGUAAUCGUGCAAAACAUUGUUGCAAUAACAUCAGUAUUGUUACAAGUUAAGUCGAGGGUUGAUGGAAACGAACACAACGCACGUAUUAAUUGACGAAUAAGUUGUAACACGAGAAAUAGAUUCCCAGCAGAAGUGUUAAGAGGUGCGUUCGCUGCAACAUGCUGAAAACUUUCAAGUGCCUCCAAUGUGACUCAACCUUCGACCGUGCCUCGCAACUGGACUACCACCGUCGGAGUCUACACCUGGGCGAGAGGUCCCAGAUAUGCCAGAUAUGCGGGAAGGGCUUCUUUCGCAAGGCGGACCUGCGCACCCACUUGAACAUUCAUCUGGGAACAAAUUUUCACAUUUGCGAGAUCUGUGGCAGGAAGUUCAGUCACAUAUCAAAUCUUAUAAGACACUGUAGAAUGCACACUGGAAUCAAACCGUAUUCGUGUUCAAUUUGCGAAAAGAAUUUCACGCAAAUGUCUUCGCUGGCAAGACACAAACAAAUGAUACAUGGGAUACCAAAGGAUGUUGCACAGCAGUAUUAUAAUUCUAGUCUUAUCAGUAAUAGGUCACGAUUCAGCAGCCAAGCGUCGAAAGAAAACAAGACAAUAGGUAAUAAUGAAGAGAGCAGAUUUCACGAAGCAUCUUAUGUGGAGCCGAAACAUAUUAGCCAGAAUACUAGAGAUUCAGAUGUAAAAAGUGAGACAAUUCCCAAUCAACGUGAUGUUGAUAUGGACAAUAAAGCGUGCUUAUUCGAAACUAUUAUUUGUGUCACGUCUAAGCAGUUUGAAGAAGGUAAUUUGGCAGAAAAUGAGAGUACAAAUCGAUCGCCGCAAGAUCAGUUUGCCGAGAUUGAGGAAAGAUUUGGAGCUACUGAUUUGUCAACGAAUAACACUAUCGUUUCAAAUUCUCCCCAAGAUAUAGUUAAUAAUUAUGAGAUACAAUCUAAGGACAGUAUAACGUAUUUACAUCAAUUGGACAAGAACAUUGUUGCCUUCCUAUCUCGAGAUAGAGAAUUUAGUGUUGAAUCAGAGACCCAAAGCGAUGAAAGCAUUUUGAGGUCGAACGACUCGGAUAUAUGUAUAUCCCGAGAGAUCUGUAAAGAAUCUUCCAUAGACAGCGUGAGAGACUCAUUGAAUAUGGAAACGGAUCUACAAGCCUGUAAUUCCAGCGAAGUUUUGACGGACCAAAAGUUUCUACAUAAACAAGUAAGCAAGGAAAUUAUUAGUGAAAGUAAAAAGUGUAAUAAACUAUUAAGCGAUGACGACAAUCAAUUGUAUAUAGAACUCUCGAAUUCGGGAAUGCUGAAAUUUGACGAGCCUCGUUAUUGCAAUAGCACCAAUUUAGCCGGUGCGAAUAUUAUCCAUGCCACCAAGUCCCAUCAUUCCGAAAGUAUCACUGCUAAUGAAGUAAUAAGCACUUCCGAUGCUAUGCAGAAUCAGGAAGGCUUGCUGCACAAUGAGGAAAAUGUAGAAAGUUUCAGCAACGCCUGUAAUAUAGUAUCGAACAACGAAGAACCGAUGUUGCGCUUAGUACAGACAGAGACUGGUGAGCAAUUUUAUGAAUUUAUAAUAAGCAAUUUGGUAGAAAAAAUGCAGAACGCUUCGUGCACGAAAGAUCUCGAGGAUACAAUAGAGGAUCCGUCAAAUACCUUUAGAGAUGAUGAAAAGAUCAAUUCGACAUCAAAGGAAAGUGAAAAGAACGAUCAGAUGGAGCAUCAACAAGCUUUGGACGGUCUGGUUGAUAUGAAUAACGAAUUUAAUUAUGCGCAAUUUGAUUUUCCUAGAGAGGAAAAGAGUUGCGCUGUCCUAAGCCACGGUGAAUCCGAACAUUUCGUGCAGAAUUCAAAGGCGGACGAGUGUGUAGGUAGCAUGCAGGAGAAAAGUAUGCAGGUCUACAAUUCCGGGAACUUGGAAUUAUUGGAGAGCGAGUCGCACGUUGAUUUUGACAAAUACGUCGAGACCAAUCUCGAGGCGUUUGAGAGGCUGAAUUAUGAAAAUUGCAACGAGAGAUUUUUGGAAUUUGUCGAGGUCGCCGAUAUUGGUAUGGAAUCAUCAGGAUACAAGGAACUCUCGAUGGUACGUUUGAUUCCAAACGAUGGCGAACAUCUGUUGGAACUGCUUCAGGAUUCUCAGACUGACCAGGAAGUAACUCGAGAUUUCGCGCCAGCUAAUAAUUUCAAAGAUUGUGCCAACAUUUUGCAAGAUAGUAAUAAAAUUGCCGAAUGUCCCAAAAGUAAAAUAGACUUUUUCACAUACGUCGAGGAUAACGUGCCAUUGGGGGAAAAUGUAAAUAGCAGCCGAGGCACAGAGAAUAUUGAAGGGCGUAUAGACAGCGGUGAUCAUUUGCCUACUAACGUAAUGACUGAAGAUGCGAGUAAUAAGAACUGUGGCAAAACGUUAGAAGAAUCGAAAAAGUCGAAAACAAUUUCAAAAAAAUUCCAAUGCUCGGUAUGCAAGAAGGCGUUCUCGACGGCGUACAAUUAUAAGCAACAUAUCGGUAUACAUUUUACUGAUCAGCAAAAAUUUCAUUGUAAAGACUGCGGAGUGUCCUUCGCAUGGAAGUCGACUUUGAAUAAGCAUAUCGCAAACAACCACAGCUCGGAUGGUCCGCAGAAGUUUGUCUGUGAAAUUUGUCCAAAAGUCUACAGCACCUUAUCACAAGUAAACGAGCAUGUAAAGAGGGACCAUUUAAAGCAGCGCAAUCACGUUUGCCUGCACUGUGGCAAGUCUUUCUUCAAGAAAUUCGACCUAAAGACUCACAGCAGGACGCACACAAAUGAACGUCCGUAUGUGUGCCGCGUUUGUGGCAAGAGAUUUCAUCAUCAGAGCCACAUUAUUCGUCACGAGCGCACGCAUUCGGGCGAGCGGCCAUACACUUGCGACAUUUGUCAAAGGACCUUCAUGCAACCCAGCUCGCUGAAGGCGCAUAAGCAGAAGCACCAGCAGAUCCGGAUGGAUUUUCUGGAUUACCAGAUCGAUGAGGAUGAUCCUGUUGCACUAGUAACGCUGUAAAAUGCGUAUCUCUAGUGUAAGAUAAACGUUAAUACGAUACGUUUCGUUUGAUGUGGGAACAAGGUAGCAGAUGUAUAAUAGUAUAAUACUAGUAAUAAUCAGUCGUACAAUUUCUAUUUUAACAGCAUUGUUAUGGCCAUGUUAUCUUUUUCAUUAAACUGUUUAAAAAAUGUGGAA